GGUUACAGUAACUUUUGGGUGGGGCCCGACUUAGCGUCUUGGCGGCCUGUGGCGCAUCAUCCAGCCCAGCCUUCCUUCCUUUACCUUCUCACACCUACAUCACAUCCACAUCGCAUUCACCAUCCGCAAACAUGGGAGGCGACCUCAACCUGAAGAAAUCCUGGCAUCCGCACUUGCGCAAGAAUCAAGAGAGGGUAUGGAAAGAGGAGAAGUCUGCGCUCGAGGAGCGCAAAUUGAUCGAGAAACUUCGCAAGGAACGCGAAGAAGAAGCACAAAUCGAGGAGCUUCAACGAUUGCAAGCUGAGAAUGGCGGCAAAGUCGUGCAGCGACGGGUAGACUGGAUGUACGCGGGCCCAAGUGGUGAUGCAGGCGUUACGGAGGAGCGCGAGGGCUACCUACUGGGCAAGCGCAGGAUUGACAAUCUGUUGAAAGACAACGACACACAGAGCCUACAGAAAGGUGCUGCCGUCGGCAUCGAUGCCGCCGCUGCCGAUCCCAACGCGAAUAACGCUCGCGACACGCAAAAGAAAGUCCUGCAAGAUCCGCUCCUCAUGAUACAAAAGCAGAAGAUGGAGAUGCAGUUGAAGGCUAUGAAGGACGCGCAGAAAGAGGCCAAAUAUGCUGAGAAGCGCGAGAAAGAGAAAGAGCGAGAGCGAAAGCACAAACAUCGGGAUAGGGAGCGGAGCAGAGAGCGAGAGCACAAACACAGCCGGCGUCAUCGAUCACGCUCGCCGCGCAGGAGGGAGGAUCGCGACGAUCGUCGCGAUCGUGACAGCCACCGUAGACGGUCAAGAUCUCGCUCACGAUCACCCUAUCGCAAGCACGGCAGCCGGCGAGAUCGUUCUCAAUCACCGCGUAGGAGAGAGGAUCGUGGCGACCUUCGCGACCGCCAUACAUACCGACGACGGGAUCGCACGCCGCCUAGAAAACAACCUGAUGAUGCUGAAGCCCAUCAGAGCGCGGCCGAUCGUCUCGCCGCUAUGCAAGCAGAGGCGACAUCGCUCGAGGAGCAGCGGGCCGAGCGUGUUCGACAACAGGAAAUCAAGGAUAGAGAGGAGGAGGAAAAGCAGAAGAUACAAAAGGACGGUGGACGUCGCUUCAUCUCGAGCAUGCGCGGGCAAGCUUCCAACAUGGAUCUAGGCGAUGCGAUCGCUCGUGGACGCCAGAAUCUAAGGGCAGAGGUUGACGCUUGAGGUUCGAAGGUCUGAUCUAUCGCGCUUGUAGUUAACGAACAGUAAAUUGAUACCCUGGCCUGGCCUGACCUGACGAAGCUGGCUUUACUCUCGUUGCGUAAGUGCUGGGAAAUCCUUAAUGACGUGACCGCUAACCAUUAUGUUUUCGAUCGUCUGGCACCCUUAUAAGCAAAUCUAUAUCAGAGCUCGACUAGGCUUCUCGAAAACAUGUUGAUUCCUUUUACAAAGAUACAUACACAAGGCUCAUAUUCUUAUAUGCCUCCGGAGUAGGGUCACUAGCCUUUCUAACAAGUUAUAGU